AUGCGUUUCACAGAUUCACCGGUGAUCGAUCUCACAGUCAACAACUCAAAGCUUUCCUUUCACCAAGACAAUGGCUCAAUGCACGUCGGAACCACCGUCUGGCCUUGUUCACUCGUCCUCGUCAAAUUCGCCGAGCGGUGGCUCUCUUCCACUUCCACCACCGACAACCCCUACGCAACCCUUCUUCACUUCCCAAACAAACGCGCCGUUGAACUCGGCACCGGUUGUGGUGUAGCCGCCAUGGGUCUGUACCUUCUCGGCCUCAAAGACGUCGUCCUUACCGACAUCGCACCCGUCAUGCCGGCACUGAAACACAAUUUGAAACGCAACAAGCCUGUGUUAGAGGAAUCGGUAGCGCCGCUACUGGCGGCGAUGGAGUCGAUGGUUAGUGAUACAGGGGUUGUGCUUUUAGGGUAUCAAGUGAGGUCGCCUGAAGCUCAUUUGUUGUUCUGGGAGCAAUCUGUAAAAUCCACACUAUUAGGUGAAGCUUGUUUAUGUUCAAGAUUACAAUGCUGUUUGCCUGUGUAACAUAGAAAUCACGUAUGUGUUCGUUAUGGCUUUACUUCUCAGGUUCUUGUUGUUCUUGUUUCUUCACCUCUUUCAAUGCUUGGAUUUCAUUUUUAUUUAGGG